GUUAUCAGUGAGUGUCAGUGUUGUAUAUAUAGAGAGACAAGGGAGGAAGUCUUAUUUAUUCCUUCUUCGACUAGUAAAUUUACGAGUAAUCAAAGCUUCCAAAUAUGUGGGAAGGAGCUAGCAUAUGCUAUAUAGCUAACAGAUGGUGCUUCCAUGCACCUGAAGAGUGACUCCAAUCCAUAUACUGCAUAGAGGAAAAAACAGCUGUUCAUUUAAGAUUACUUCACGCAUCUUGAUCGAGUAGCUCAAAAGUUAGUUGCAGAUGAUAAUUAUUGGCUGAGAGGCCAAUAAGAUAUUCUCAGAUUCAGGAUCAAAGAACAACAUUACAUUGACAGCUGCAUGUUGAAGGAUAAAAAGAAAAUGGAAACAGACCAAGAUAAACAUGACAGCCACACCAUAAACUUACAGAAACAAUUGAUAUUAUUUAGUGUAAGGAUACAGAUUUCCAGUCAUACAAGUGAUGAAUCUGACAUACUUCUGGAUCUUUAUUCUCACCUAAAUCAGCUGCAGCGUGUGGCUGCCUCUGGUGACAUGGCCAAAAAACUUUCAGCUUUCUCGAAAGAAUUGGAAUCAAAUGAAAGCUCAGCUGCAUGUUUCCUUACUCAGUUUGUGCAAUAUGUGCAGUCAACCUUAGAAUUGGAGAAAAACUUGGAUACAAUCAAGGAAAUUAUUAACUGUUUACUCCCUUGUGUUCAGAGUGCAAUGAAAAGUAUGCUUGGAAAACAAGCCUUGAAGAAGAUUAUUUGUGAAGACCUGCUCCUUGACCUUUACAAAUGUUUGGUAAAUACUUUCAAAAGAGAAAGUCAAUACCAGAAUGGAGCCACCACAAAUCUGCUGGAAUAUCAAAGUAAUUUGAAUAAAAUUGUUAAGGCACAUAUUAUAAGAAUGAACUCUGAGGACUCAAAAAAGCUGUUUCAAGAGACAUUUGGUGACUGUGGCAACACUUCAGAGCUUUAUCUCAUCUAUGUAUGGCAGAUUUAUAUGAUUUAUGAAGUCAAGGAAAGAGACUCCAUGCCACCCUCUCUACACUGCAUCACAGACAUCAUGGAGAGGUCUGGGGAGUAUGUGGUGGUGGUGCCGCCCAGAGACAUGAAGAGAAUGGCACUGACGAAUCCCGCCUCCCCAGCUGGAAGAUAUUCCAGUACCUUGACAGAGAGAGACAAGCUGGCUGCCCCUCAUCCUAUUCCAGACCUCGCUUUUGAGUGGACAGAUUUAUGGAUCAGUGUUUUGUAUCCCAAUGGAGUUGUCUUCCUAGUAAACUCUGUUUCAUGGGAGGACCGUCUGCAAGAAAUUUCUACUACCAUUGAGGGUCUAGAGGUUAAGAAACCUUUAACCUUCAUGCCAUCGCUUGGGUCCACCUUUGGCCUUUCAGUAAAGGAUAGUACAAGCCUUCACAAAAAAAUAAAGGACGUGAACUUCAUCAGGGUGCGAGUGACGAGGGUAAUACAGGACUUUUGUCAAGUCUACGGGGUGGACAGUGGAAGCUUUCACUGGUGCAGCCACAGUAAACUGCUAUUUCUGCCAGCCUGUAUCAUAAACCAGCCUCCCUGUGGACGACUAGCAAGGCUUCCUGUGAGGCCAGCACCAUCUGUCUCCUCGCUGACUCCAAUUGUGGCCCUGCUGGCUGCAUUAGCACAACAAAUUGACCAGAAGCUAAACUUCCAUUCAAAAGACAUAGAGCAAAUGAGUCUUUGGCUUCAGGUGACGGAGAUAGAGCUUCCAACACUCAGCCUGAUGAAAGCACUGAUGGGCUCACCUGCCAUGGAUAAUUUCUUGUCCAAUAUUGCCUUUGUGGCUGCUGACCAUCUGCUGAGGCUUACAGAGCUAAACCAGUUGAACAAGGAGGAUACUCCUCUUCUCAUCUCCAUUCUCACUUUAGCAAUACAGAAAUCUGCAAAGAUUUCUCUCAUGUUAGUAAGAAGAGGACUAUUCAUCACUCUGUGUGAGGCAGCCUUGACAGGGAGGUGUGGAGAAGCAUGGAAAUGUCUCAAGGCCUUGUUUGACCAAAGACCGAAGAGGGAAUGCUUGCAGGUGCACUACAAAGCUGUAACACAUCCUCCAGCUCUAGUAAGAAAUCGAGAAAAACAUCAACCACGGCCAACCACGCCCCCAGAUGACUGUGAGAGCAUUUCAGCUGUAAUGCAGAGGGCAAAGGUCACAACCUCAUACCAUCACUGGGACAUUACUAGCCCCCCUGCUGUGACUUCCCCUCAGUUUGCCAAAUACCAUUCCUCAGGGAACUGGCACUGGGAUGAGGAUGAAGUAAUGCCCAGCCAUACAGCAACACUUUCAGCCAUCCUUGAAAGAGGACACCAUCUGGGAGUAAAGACCGACCUCACCCACCAUAUCAUCCAGGAAAGGAAUGUCUCCAGCAUCUGCUCAGAGACACUCUUGAAGGUCAUUCUUGGGAUGUUGAAUACUCACCUUGGGGGCAAGAUCUACAUAGGGCUGAGUCAGUCAGGAAUGGUGCAAGGAGUCAAGAUCACCAGGGAUCAGCAGGACAGCCUCAUGUUAGGUUUUACCAAGCUAGUGAGGUCAGACAUCUCCCCAAGCCUCCUGCCCUGUGACUCUCAUGUCCAAUUUGUGCCAGUGGUGCAGCCUGGUGAAACUCCUCCAUCAGCAUUUGCUUGUUAUUUAGUCAUUCUCACAGUAAAACCAGAGCCUCAUCAAGUGUACUUCUCCCAAGAAUAUCCAGAAAAACUUUACUUGAGAGAGGGCGGAGUUACCCUACCACUGCAUGGGUCUCGUCGAGCUCAAUUACUUUCAGAUUAUCAGAUUUGUACACAAGAACUGGAGAAACAAGUGACAAAAGAAAAGCAAUAAUUGCUAAAACUAGCACAAAGCUGAAAUCAGCAGAUCUGCUGACUUAGGUAAGUGUUAAAUGAUGAAAUAGCAUUACAGUUUCCUACUCAGGUUUAGGGGAAAUGGAAAUGUGGAUCAGUAAAAGUCCAAGAGAUAUUUAUAAAUGAAACUCAAAAAUGUAUGUAGAUCCCAUGUCAAAAUGCAUGCAGUAUUUGGAGUGCAAUAAGUGAAGAGCUAUAUUGAUGAUGCCUUGGGGGAGGUGAGUAGCAGAGGUUAAGGAAAACUCAAGAGAAAUAAAUGUAAUUAAGAGCAGCAUCAUUAAUGAACCCCAAAGGCGUCUCACAGCCCAUACUAAUCAAACUGCUUAAACCUUAAAGUAUCUCCAUCCCUGUUUUCAUAAUUAACAAAACUACUUGCAAUCAGUUAUACAGCUCACCUUGUCCAAGACUUUAACAUGGAAAACUACACAACUGGGCAUUCACACAAACAGACCUGACUGAGGUCAGACAUGGGUCACGGCGCUCCGUAAGGAGCAGCCUGGGGCCAGCCUGUUGGCCUCUCCCCUUCCCCUCCAUCCCCCUCUCCCUUUUCAUCAAUAACCCAACACUGUAAGAAACUUUUGUGACAAGCUUAAUCAUGGUGAGAGAAAGUGAGUGCAGUGCGUUUGUGGUGCCGUGAAGACAAUGAAGAGUAGUAAUGGCCAGUGUGACGUCAACGCCGCCUAACCAUCCAGCCGACGCCAGCCCCCAGGUGCCCCCAGGUACACCAGCCCAACCAUCAUGCUGCUGGGAGAAUUCGGUUCAGGUGCAGUGCAGUGUUGAGGCCCGUCACUUAGGUGGAGUCAUAGUUGGGGCAAGUGGCAUGGGGCAGUGCAGACGUUUUGAUGUUCCCACUGGUCCACCUCUUCCUAUCUUGUCUCACCGGCUGGAGAGAUUAGCAGGUCAUCGCUAAACUGAGUGACGGCCGACACCGCUUCUACCUGCACCCCUGCCAUCAACUGCGACCUGACCCUUUUUUGACCUGGGGUUGACCUGGGGCUUAAACACCUGACCAGUCACCCGGAACACCACACCGCCUCCUUCAGCACUAACGCACUGCAUUCCACCACCUCACCUCCCCCCCACCACCCCCUAUACCCCUUUCACAUUGUACUUUUUUUUUUCUAUUUUAUUUCAAUAUUGUAUUUUUAACAUGUAUAUUUUCAGCUUUACAGCUGCAAUCACUUAAUAAACUGUUUAUUAUUA